AUGUCCUCCUGGCAGGGCAUUUUACAUCCCAUCUCCGAUGGGGACAUAUCCAAAUUGUCUCCUGAAUGGCUUCAGACUCACAUCCAAAAGGGUCCUCUUGGAGAUGUAUACCCAAUCCCAAUACAUAUUGCAGAGGGCGACACGCCAACAUUAUUGUACCACGUUCAGAGCGGCUUGGGCGUCCAUGAACGACCCGACUAUGGGAGCUGGGAUGGACACUAUCGGGUGAUCAACGGAGGAAGCACUCACUACGCCUACGUCAUUUACACGGUAAUCAAUGCCGACGGAAUACUUGUUUCGGCGAUGUUCUGA